CAGGUGCAGCGAUGUACCAUGAUGGUGGCGAAGAGCUAAGGGAAAGACACGGCUGCACUGAUGUGCCAUGUUGCCUAGUCUUUCUCGGGAGUCUGGUGGGACUCGGUUGCCUCUUCAGCUAUGGCGUAAGCCACGGGAACCUGGACAAGCUUUAUCACGGAAUCGAUUACAGGGGCAGGAUCUGUGGCAUUGAUGUCCCCGGCAAGCCAUACUUGUUUUGGUGCAUGAACUCCGCCAUGGCAGGGGCGUCGUUGUCGUUGAACUUGAAAGAGCCGAUCUGCGUGGAGAGCUGCCCGGGAGUCCAAGCGACGGGGGGUCUCUAUGCCCCAGCCACGGAGUGUAAGCAGGUGUCUGCUGCUCAGCAGAUCAACUCCUACAAGACCAUGGUGGUCAUGAACCGCUACUGCUUUCCGGACACAUCUGGUCUAAUGAAGGGUGCUGCUGAUUCCCUGCAAGCGGGACUAGAGAAUCAGCACACGGAGCGCUUCUUAGAACAAGUGGCGUCGAUUCCAAGUGCCUGGCCGGUUCUACUGCUCACCUUCUUUGUGGCGAUUCUGCUGGGGUACGUAUAUUUGGCAGCGUUGCGCCACUGUGCCUCUGUUCUCAUUUGGUUGGUGAUGGCGUUUUCGAUCUGCAGCUCAGCCUUUUUGGGCGUCUACCUUUGGGCCAAUGCUGGGCUGUUGUCGAAGCACCUGCCGCCAGAUGUUGUGCCACCUGAAGGCUUUGGAAAAGAUGAGGAGACUGCAACGAAGGUCGUGGCGGUGCUGUGUUGGGUCAGUUGCGGCGUCUCUAUCUGCAUCGCCUGUUGCUGCCACUCGAGCAUCCAGGCUGCAGUGGAUUGCAUAGAAGCAGCUUGCGAGGCGAUCUAUGAGAUGUCGUCCUUGCUUCUGGCACCGAUCUUCAAGGCCAUUGUGCAAGCAGUCGCCUUUGCUCUCCUGCUCUGGGGCUUCUUUGCUCUACUGUCAACAGCAGAAGUGUCUGAACCCAAAGAAGGAACGGUGGUUGAUGCUCUGUCUGGACAGAUACAGGGAGUGGCACGGCAUUUGCAUCUGACCACGGAGCAGAAGAUCAUGGUGGUGGCGUACUUUUUCAUCGCCGUUUGGAUCGAAAUGUGGCUGCACGCCCUGUACCAAUUUGUCAUCGCGUAUGCCAUGGCGGAGUAUCACUUGUCGCCUGAAGAUCAUGAGGGCUACAGAGAAAUCGGAGGUGGCUGCUGCGCUUUGACAGAUGGCAUUCAGGUGGGAUUGCUUUGUCACGCUGGCUCGCUGGCGAUGGGUUCUUUCCUGGUGACUGCCUUCUUCGUCCUGCAAGUCCUGGUGAACAUCUUUGAAGCCGCCAACAAGGAGGAGACCGAGAACCCUUGCGCGAAGUGUUUGCUCAACUGCGUGAAGUGCUGCCUGGCUUGCUUCGAGAAGAUUGUGGAGUUCUUGAACAAGAAUGCUUAUGUGGAUAUUGCUAUGACUUCGAACGAUUAUUGCACUGCGGUGAGGGAAGCGAUUGGAGUGAUUAGUCGGCUGCCAGUGGCUAUGGCUGUUCUCAACGGUGCCACUGUAGUCUUUACUCUCUUCGGUUGCCUUUUCACUGUCAUUUGUUGUGCCGCGUUUACUUUCUUCCUCACAACAUCAGAGACCUUUUCGGCGCCAGAUUCGAUGUUUUUCGUCGAUGCGCCAGUAGCUGUUGCGAUUUCGGGGGGCAUCAUCGGCGGUCUCGUUUCGUUGUGUUUUAUGACCAUCUUGGACAUGUCGACAGAUGCCCUCCUGUACUACUACGGUUUGGAUUGGAACGACAACAAACGCGGCCACGACAGCAAUGCCCCCAACAGCAUCAAGGAGCUGGUUCAUGGUGAUCGAAGGUAGAACAAAGCAGCAGAAGGUCAAACUUCAGUACCAAAGUUGCAUAUAGCAACCUAUAUGGUUAGUAUAUAGUUGGGUAAAGCAUCGUAAAGCG